AUGCGAGCCUCUCAGCCUCUCUUUUCUUUUUGCUGCCGUUCGAUUCCCUUGACAGCACUUUCGCUAUCAACGCUUGCCAUCACUCAGCUCGUGCAGCCCGUCGUCGCCAACUGCCUUCUUGCCAGCCUCAUCAGACAUUGUCAGAGACCCCUUCACGUCCACAAAACCGUUGUAGCCAGUAACCAGAGAGAUAAGAACCUCGACACUUAUUCAACGAUGGAUCUGCCUCUUACCAACCGCGAAGACCGCGAGGUUGAACCGCCGGCUUCUCCCCCAGACACCGAGAUGACCAACUCGACGCCCAAUACCGUGUUUUCACCGCCUUAUAGCCCCCAGCAGAAAGCCCGGCAGCUCAUGAAAGACACCAGAGUUGCGGCGAGGAAGAAGCUGGAUCAGCUGUCGCUGGAGGAGAAGGUCUCCCUACUCACUGCUGCAGACUUCUGGAGGACCAAGUCCAUCCCUUCCAAGUCCAUCCCUGCUGUCAAGACAUCAGAUGGCCCCAACGGUGCGCGCGGGGGCAUCUUCGUUGGCGGUACCAAGGCCGCUCUUUUCCCCUGUGGUGUCUCUCUCGCCGCGACGUGGAACAAGGAGCUGUUGUACGAAGUUGGCCAGCAUCUGGCCGAUGAGGCCAAGGCAAGAUCUGCCAACAUCCUCCUUGCGCCGACUGUCUGUAUGCACCGUCAUCCACUGGGAGGGCGCAAUUUCGAGUCUUUCUCCGAAGAUCCCCUUCUGACGGGAAAGCUGGCCGCUCAGUACAUUCGCGGGUUGCAGGAAAAGGGUGUUGCGGCAACCAUUAAGCACUUUGUUGGCAACGAGCAAGAGACACACAGACUGACAAUAGACUCGCUCAUCCAAGAGCGCCCGCUGCGCGAGAUCUACUUGCGGCCGUUUGAGAUCGCCGUCCGCGAAGCAAACCCCUGGGCUCUGAUGUCGUCCUACAACCUCGUCAAUGGUGUACACGCAGACAUGCACAAUUUGACGUUAAGGGACAUUCUUCGAGGUGAAUGGGGAUAUGACGGAACCGUUGUUUCUGACUGGGGUGGCACCAACUCCACAGCCGAAUCUAUCAUUGCCGGAUGCGACGUUGAGUUCCCUUACUCUCCGAAAUGGCGUUUCGACAAGGUGGUCAAGGCCUUGGAAGAGGGCGAGAUCCGCCAAGAGGAGAUCGACCGCGCAGCCGAGAACGUCCUCACGCUGGUCGAGCGCUUGAAGGGCGAUGACAUGUCGGCGGAGCAGCCGGAGAGGGAGGACAACCGCGCAUCAACCAGAGAACUGAUCCGCACAGCCGGGGCUGAGGGCUUGACGCUCCUCAAGAACGAGGGCGCCGUCCUCCCCCUGAACCCGAAGACGACCAAGGUCGCAGUCAUCGGUCCCAACGCCAACCGCGCCAUCGCCGGCGGUGGCGGCAGCGCCAGUCUGAACCCUUACUACCGGACGAUCCCUCUCGAGAGCAUCCGCGCCGUGGCCGAGCAGGAGGUGACGUUUGCACAAGGAUGCCACAUCUACAAGUGGCUCCCGGUCGCCUCUCCUUACUGCACGGAGAAGUCGGGCAAGCCGGGUGUCAACAUCGACUGGUAUUCCGGGGACAAGUUCGAGGGCGAGGUGGUCGUCGUGCAGAGACGGACGAACACGGACCUGUUCCUCUGGGACUCUGCUCCCCUCAGCGAGAUCGGGCCGGAGUGGUCGGCGAUCGCCACGACGUACCUCACGCCUAAGACUACCGGCAAGCACACCGUCAGCUUUAUGAGCGUCGGUCCCGGCAAGCUGUACGUCGAAGGCAAGCUGGCGCUGAACCUCUGGGACUGGACCGAGGAGGGCGAGGCCAUGUUUGACGGCUCCGUCGACUACCUGGUCGAAGUCGACAUGGAAGCUGGCAAGCCGGUGGAGCUCAAGGUCGAGAUGACUAACGAGCUGAGGCCGCUGGCCAAACAGAAGCAGUUCGGCAUCACGCACAAGUACGGAGGCUGCAGGAUUGGGUUCAAGGAGGAGGACCAGGUGGACUUUCUCCAGGAGGCCGUCGAGGCCGCCAAGGCGGCCGACGUGGCCGUCGUUAUCGUCGGUCUCGACGCUGAGUGGGAGUCCGAGGGGUACGACAGACAGACGAUGGACCUACCGUCCGACGGAAGCCAGGAUCGCCUCAUUGAGGCGGUCGUGAAGGCCAACCCCCGCACCGUCGUCGUCAAUCAAUCAGGCACCCCGGUCACAAUGCCGUGGGUUGACCAGGUGCCGGCCAUCAUCCAGGGGUGGUACCAAGGACAGGAGGCCGGAAACGCGCUCGCCGAUGUCUUGUUCGGGUUCAAAAACCCCAGCGGGAAGCUCCCGUCGACCUUUCCCAAGCGUAUCCAGGAUACGCCAGCCUAUAACAACUGGCCCGGGGAGAACCUUAAGGUCAACUACGGCGAGGGCCUGUACAUCGGCUACCGGCACUACGAGAGGGCCAAGAUCGAGCCGCUGUUCCCCUUCGGGCACGGCCUCUCCUACACGACGUUCGAGUAUGGACGGCCUUCUAUCAGCACGAAGACGCUCACGUCGCGGGGCACUGUUGAGGUCGUCUUCGCCGUCAGCAACGUCGGGGCCGUGGCCGGCGCCGAGGUCGUGCAGAUCUACGUGCGGGACGACAAGUCAAGGCUGCCGCGCCCCGAGAAGGAGCUCGUCGCGUUCGAGAAGGUGUUCCUCGAGGCCGGCGAGACGAAGCACCUCCACAUCUACCUCGACAAGUACGCCGUAGGAUACUACGACACGUCGGUGCCGGGGUGGGUGGCGGAGGAGGGCACAUUCAGGGUCCUCAUCGGCGCAUCAUCCGCCGACAUCAAACACUCGGUCCAGUUUGAAGUAAAGGAGUCAUUCAACUGGGUCUUCUAG